AUGGCUGCAGGGGUGCGCCUAGUGUCAGCCUUACCUUUCAAAGUAAAUCGCGCAGUUAGAGGCCCGGUAAAUGAAAUUUUCUGUUUAAUUGCAAUUGAUAUGUGGUCGACGAUAGUGCGUGUCACAAUUUCUGCCUGCCUGUUGCCGCUUUGCUGCGUGCAGGCUAAUGGGGCAGCCAACUUACCAACCACAAGCACGCAGUUUUCUCAUAUGUUCGGUGCAGUCCUGCAUUACCAAGCGAACUUCUUCAGGAAACAUACGAAGAGUUAUUCGAUCUCGAUGCGCACAAGAGAGGACGGAGCUGUUGAUUAUUUCAUCGACUUGUUGACGUCGGUCUUAAAGACCGCAAAGGAAAUGAAGGUGGAGAUCAAUGUACAUGAGGGUUUGCCCAAGGCGAAGAAUUUCGACUUAUACAACAUAUUAUUGAUCGACUCGUACGAAGCGCUGGCUGACAUUGACCCAGGGUUUCACGCCCAGCGAAAUGAUUUCAGCGAAUUCUAUUUGAUGAUCAUGCCUCCGGUUACUAAUCGUUCUCAUCUAAUGUCGGAAUUAUCAGAGAUUUUCGAUUAUUGUUGGCUUCACUAUAUUUUAAAUGUCGACGUGCUCGUGGAAGUUAACGGCACCGGUAUAGAGCUUUAUACGUACUUUCCGUUUUCGCGCGAGCGAUGCAAGAGCACUCUACCGAUUCAAUUGAAUCGUGGUAAAUCCGUUACUGAGAUGAGCACCUCAGCACUGUUCCCUGAUAAGGUGCGAAACUUUUACGGUUGCACCAUAGUGGCAGUUCUGUGGAAUGUGCCCCCUUAUGUAACGCUGCCCGAUCCCGAGCAGGGUCAGUUGCAGUAUGGUGGUAUGGAAGGCGAACUUUUAAAUCUUUUGAUAACUAAAUUAAAUUUUGAUGUGAAUUAUAAGACGCCGCCUCGUAACGAGCAACGUGGGUUAGUAAUGUCCAACGGAACAUUAACGGGGGCCAUUAAAAUGUUGAGUGAAAAAUCGGGCGACCUAAGUUUAGGUUGCUUUCGAAGUACACUGGAACGUUCAACGGUGCUCACCUCGUCGUUGACGUUUUAUCAAACCAAUCAAGUACUCGCCGUAUUAGCGAAGCAAGAACCUUGGUCCACGUACGAAAUCUUAACGUAUCCCUUCAAUAUUUACGUCUGGAGUUCCUUACUGAUCUUCUAUCUAUUGCCGAUAUUCCUAGCUUUUAUAUUACAUCGUUUAAGCCUACGCCUCUUAUACUUUAUCUUUGGCAUACUGCAUAUCAGAGAGAUGAUUUUCAUGUGGACGGGUAUUCUUCUGGCUCAAAUAGCAAUACCCGAACCGUCGUCAAAUUUUGCGCGCUAUAUAUUCGUCAUGUGGCUCCUACUAACCUCAGUGUUGCGGUCUUCCUAUCAAGCUCUACUCUAUGACUUUUUCAGUACGCAAAAGCUCAUCUCGGCACCUGCGACCUUGGACCAGCUGAUUCACCGUGGAUACAAGUUGGUUGUGACAGCGUCCACCGCCGACUCUAUGUCCAAAAUUAAGGCAGUGGAAAGUCGAGAGAUUGAACUACUGAUGAUGAAUGUUAGCGAUACCGAUGUGUACUCUGUUUUGGAGGAUAAUCCGGAGAAAAACUUGGCAGCAUCCACGCCCAGUGAUUUUCUCAGAUACUAUAUGAUCAGUGAACAGAAAAACGGUAAAUUCAUUAUAUUGAACGAGGAUAUCUACGAACAUCAUAUUUCCGUCUACUUUACGAAACACUCCUACUUGGCAAUGCCGGUGAAUAGAAUACUGCGAAAUUUACGCGCGAGUGGCAUAAUCAAUCACUGGUCACGGCUGUUUGUUGGGGAAAUACAUGCGAAUAAAGAGGGGCUAGAUUUACAUAAGCCAUCCUUGACGCUAACACAGCUCUACGGUAUAUUUGAGGUUCAAUGUUAUCUGUGGGUCAUCGCAUUGGUGGUAUUCUUUGUCGAGUAUGUGAGGGGAAAUGCCGAGUAA